GUGCAGCCUCUCUGCCUCAAUCGGCUUUGAAGCCUCAGUCCCUGGCACAGUGCCUGGCACUUGCAGCACGCUCAAUCAAUGUUUGCAAAAUCGGAUUCUCGGCAGAGCAGGUGUCCACCGGGAGCGGUCCGUGCGCAGGGCGAGGGCUGCUAGGGGGCCGCGGUGCCGCGCUCCUCCCCUCCGGGCCCGCGCCGCGCCUCCGCCAGCGCGCGCUGCCCCGACCCCGCGCGCCGCGGCAGGGAGGGGCCGGCGGAGGCGGAGCCAGCGGCGGCCGAGGCUGGCGGCUCCCGCGCGGCUCCGGGUCACCGAUCCUAGAUCCCGGCGCGGCGAGGUCAUAAGCAGAUUCAGGUGAUGUGUGUUCAUUGCUGAGUGACUCCUACCCCACCCCACAAACUGCAGGGACAGUUGGGGACCUGCCAGGCACAGGCAUGCCAGUGCUGUCCGAAGACUCGGGUUUGCAUGAGACCCUGGCACUUCUGACCUCUCAGCUCAGGCCUGACUCCAACCACAGGGAGGAGAUGGGCUUCUUGAGGGACGUCUUCAGUGAGAAGAGCCUCAGCUAUCUGAUGAAGAUUCACGAGAAACUCCGCUAUUAUGAGAGGCAGAGCCCGACCCCUGUCCUGCACAGUGCCAUGGCCCUCGCGGAGGAUGUGAUGGAGGAGUUGCAGGCCGCCUCGGUGCACAGUGACGAGAAGGAGCUGCUGCAGCUGCUGUCCACGCCCCAUCUCAGGGCUGUGCUCAUGGUACACGACACGGUUGCCCAGAAGAACUUUGAUCCUGUUCUGCCCCCUCUGCCCGAUAAUAUCGAUGAGGAAUUCGAGGAGGAGUCGGUGAAGAUUGUUCGCUUGGUGAAAAACAAGGAGCCCCUGGGUGCCACUAUCCGGAGAGACGAACACUCAGGGGCCGUCGUGGUGGCCAGGAUCAUGCGAGGGGGCGCGGCAGAUCGGAGCGGUCUGGUGCAUGUCGGUGACGAGCUCCGGGAGGUGAACGGGAUCGCUGUCCUGCACAAGCGUCCAGACGAGAUCAGUCAGAUUCUGGCCCAGUCCCAGGGAUCCAUCACCCUCAAGAUCAUCCCUGCCACCCAGGAGGAAGACCGCUUCAAAGAGAGCAAGGUGUUUAUGCGUGCCCUCUUCCACUAUGACCCUCGGGAGGACCGUGCCAUCCCCUGCCAGGAGGCAGGCCUGCCCUUCCAGCGGAGGCAGGUCCUGGAGGUGGUGAGCCAAGACGACCCCACCUGGUGGCAGGCCAAGAGAGUGGGAGACACCAACCUUCGAGCUGGCCUCAUCCCAUCUAAGCAGUUCCAGGAGAGGCGGCUGAGCUACAGGAGAACGACAGGCACCCUGCCAAGCCCCCAGAGCUUCAAAAAGCCCCCCUAUGAUCAGCCUUGUGACAAAGAGACCUGUGACUGUGAAGGGUACCCCAAAGGGCACUAUGUGGCUGGUCUUCGGAGAAGCUUCCGGCUAGGCUGCAGGGAGCGGCUGGGUGGCUCACAGGAGGCAAAGGUGACUGCAGGAGCUGAGUCUCAGGAGCUGCUGACCUAUGAGGAGGUGGCCAGGUACCAACAGCAGCCUGGGGAGCGGCCCCGCCUGGUGGUUCUGAUUGGGUCUCUGGGAGCCCAACUGCAUGAGCUGAAGCAAAGGAUGGUGGCCGAGGACCCCCAGCAUUUUGGUGUCGCAGUUCCACACACCACCAGACCCCGGAAGAGCCAUGAGAAGGAAGGGGUGGAGUAUCACUUUGUCUCCAAGCAAGCGUUCGAGGCUGACUUGCAUCAUAACAAGUUCCUGGAACACGGUGAAUAUAAGGAGAAUCUCUAUGGGACCAGCCUGGAGGCCAUUCAGGCUGUUAUGGCCAAAAACAAAGUUUGCUUGGUGGAUGUAGAACCAGAAGCACUAAGACACCUGAGGACCCCUGUGUUUAAACCCUAUAUUAUAUUUGUAAAACCUGCAAUUCAGGAGAAAAAGAAGACGCCGCCUGUGUCUCCAGACUCUGAGGGCACAGCAGCUCGGCUUGAUGAACAGCAGCAAGAGAUGGCCGCCUCUGCUGCCUUCAUUGAUCAGCACUAUGGGCACCUGAUUGACGCUGUGCUCGUGAGGGAGGACCUGCAGGGCAUCUGCAGCCAGCUCAGAGCAGUCCUAGAAAAGCUGAGCAAGGACACUUACUGGGUACCCAUCGAUUGGGUGAGGUAACUUCAUCCCAUAGCAUCCCGUCUGGCCGGACCUUGAAGACCGUAUUGUCUAGCCUCCCUCGUGUGUUGUCAAGUACGGAGAGGGGCAGGAUUUCCCACAGACUGUCGUCACCGAGCAUUAGUGGGAAGCCUCAUUUGGCGUCGGCAGGAUUUCCCACAAACGGUCGUCACUCAGUAUUAGUGGGAAACCUUGUUUGGUGUUGGGUUUUUGUCUGUCUUUCUGCACUGCACCCUUUCACGAGUUGAGUUGAAAGGGGCAGUUCAUAGAAUAACAUGUCAUCCAUUAAAAAUCUCGAAGGCAAGUUGGCCUUGAUCCUUUGUACCAAAGCUAUGUAGCCACUGUCUUUUGGGGGUGGUGGUGGUGAAUUUAUAUAGUGAUUCACAGUGAUGAUUCAGCUUUAUAAAUAUGACACUUCACUGGUCUAACUUUGUUGGGAAUUGUUUUCCCCAAGGGGAUCUUCUGUGCAAAUGACCUGUCUUGCAGCACUGAAAUAUUACUUAAAAAAAUUUUUUUUUGGUAGUGCUUGCCUGGUGGUAGAGAAAUUGGUUCCCUGCCUUUCCACAUAGUUUGUAUACAUGAUGUUUGUCCUGCAAGACAGAGGCACACGUAACAGUCCACAUGGCCCACGAGUCGGUUCUACCAUGCAGCAGUGCCUUCGGGGACUCUUGAGGAAUGUCAGGCUGCCUGUCCCCUUUCUAAAUACUCCCCACGCCCCUGGAAGUGAGUCCUUGCUGUGUUUGAUUUGUCCUGUAAUAUCUUCUCUCUGUCAUGCCUUGGUCCUAGGCUUUCUGUUUUCAGUUUGGGGCUCCUGUUGUGCUAGAUUGUGGGGAAUCAGAAGACUUCCAUCUGUCAAAGCUGUGUCUCAGCCACAAUAAAUCAGUCCUGUCGAAAAAGUGUGUAGAUUCCAAGUGUGGCUCUGUCGUGUUGUCGCUAAGCAGCAGUGACUUCUGAAGGGACUGUGACAGGUCAUGGCUACUCCGAGAGUUGUACUUCUGAUGAGCCGCCAGCGUAUGUAAGUUUGUGCCGAGGCGAUGCUGAGCCGUCUGGCGCAUUAUCUUUGUAAAUACACCAAGCCGACGAUGUAGCAAUGUUACCAUUCCCAUUUUACAACUGAGGAAAAAAAUGAGACUUAGAAACUUUAAAUCAUGUGUCCAAGUUCAUACACCUGAAAAACAGUCCAAGGCUCAGGAGGUUUGUCUAUCCAUAAAAGUGCUUACCUGCAAGUUUAAUGACUUGAGUUCAAAUCCCCAGAACCCAUUUGUAGUGUGUUUUCAUAACCACGGCAGUUUAGUCAGGAGAUCGGAAGUGGAAACAGGAGACUCUCUGGAAACUUUUGAACUGGCUAGUUUGCACUUACACCUGUGCACACACAUACACAUUGUGCACUUACACACAUACUAAGCAUGCACAAUGAUACGACUCUAUAUAUUUGAGCCUCAAAAUUCCUUACAAGAGGUUUGAUCCUUAACCACAAUGCUAUACCGCCUCAUGCUUUUGUGCUUUCUCCAAUGGGGGCUCCCUAAUAAAGUGACUGACCUGUGAGGAGUGUAUUCAUAGAUAAACAGUGUGCAGUUUGCUUGCAUCUUCUAGGACCAGAGAAAGGAUGCCGUUUGUACACAUGCAAGAUACCUUAUCCCCGAAACAGGCGAGGCAGACGGCGAAGCACCAGGCAGGCUGUUUGCUAACUUUCUUGCGUGAGAACUCUAGCAGCUCUUUGGCUUAUCCCAGGUCACGCACCAACCAGGAUCUCAUUUGUAGGACUUCCCAGCCAAGGGCAGGUCCUUCUUACUGGAUUUGUAGCCAGUGAAACAGCGACUUAACUAUUUCCCAGAAA